AUGCGGAUUACAGUAGGAGGAGAUUGCUUGUUCUCAAGCAGAAACUUGGCAGAAAGACUCGAUCCCAAGAUCGUUAGUGAACUUAAGAACUCAGAUGCAGCUUUUGCCAAUGCUGAGUUCACAUGUCCUAAGCCGGACAUUCAUCCACCUGCAGCCGGCAGAGGCUAUGUUACAUCAGUCACCGAGGACACAUUAGACGAAUUUGUCGACCUCAACAUCAGACUAGUCAAUUUUGCUAAUAAUCAUUCAGGCGAUUUCGGUACUGAUGGUGUUGUCAAUACAAUUAAUGCUGCCAGAGAAAGAAAGCUAAUUCCUGUGGGUAUUGGAAAAUCUCUAGAUGAGGCAGUUCUUGCUAAAUUUCUUGACACAGCUCAUGGCAGGGUCGGUGUGGUUGCAACAAGUUCAACUCGUUCAGAAGUUAUGCUAGCUUCUAAUUCGGGUAACGGAACUGUUGCCCGUCCUGGUGUCGCCCCGUUGAGAUGGGGAAGAUCAUAUGUGCUACCGGCCGACUUGUACAAAAAUCUACAGAAGAUCGAUGAGGCUCUAGGCACUGCUGCUUCUUUUAGACAAUGUAAUGAAGUGGAAAUUCAACCUCCAUUCCCAGAUGGACAUUUCAAGUUAGGUUCGAUGUUUGAAGGUAGUUUGGAUAUUGAACGUGGUGACCAUGCUCAUGUGAAAACAUAUUUCAAUGAGAAAGAUGCUGAAGCUCUUCUCACAAGUAUCAAGGAUUCUUCAUAUCGAUCUGAUUUCAACUUUGUCAGUUUGCAUACUCAUGAAGGUCUUAACAACAAUUGGUAUGAUCCUGUGCCUGCUGAAUUUGUACAGGAUUUUGCUAGGAAGGCCAUUGAUAACGGUGCAGAUGCCGUUGUCGGUCAUGGUGCUCAUUUCAUGAGGGGUGUGGAGAUCUACAAAGGGAAGCCAAUUCUCUACAAUAUCGGAUCACUUCUAAUGGAAUUUGAAACUGGUUGCUCGCUUAUUCCUCCAGAGAUGUACGAGGCAUAUGGAUUCCCAGCCAACUCCAGACCUUCUGAUCUUCAUAGAAAUAGGGCCAAUGAUCCAAAGACUGGCAAAUUUAGAGGCUUCAAUGCCAAUACGAAGUUUUCUAGAAAUGCCCUUGCAAUAUUUGACUCUGAAAAUGGAAAGAUAAGUUUCAAGUUACUUCCUAUUGACCUCGAUAUGACCAGACAACCAAGAAUGCAGAGGGGUAUUCCAUACUUGGUCGAUUCCAAAGUUGGACAUGAGAUUAGCGAUUAUUUGACUAAAGUGAGUUCGAGUUGGGGAACUAAACUAGAGUAUAACGAUGAUACUGGAUAUAUAGAGCUUGCCAAUUAG